GAUGUGUUGUGACUGGUAUUACAGUUAUUAGGACAUUGUGACCCCGAUCCAUCGUUUUUUCAACUCAUUCUGAAUGGAAUUAACGCUAUAACAUCACCAGUUUACGUCUGGCGUCCUUGUUAUGUAUUCAGAGCAUGGUGAGCAACGGCUACAGUGGCCCCAGCAGUGGCGGGGGUGGGACGUUUGACAAGCUGGAGGACGCAAUGUCAACCCUGAACAGCCUGUUCUCCUUCACGAGCCCCGCCGUGAAGAAGCUGCUAGGCUGGAAGCAGGGUGAUGAGGAGGAAAAAUGGGCUGAGAAGGCAGUCGACUCGCUUGUCAAAAAGCUGAAAAAGCGGAAAGGGGCCAUUGAAGACCUUGAGAAGGCCCUGUCUUGCCCAGGUCAACCAUCAAAAUGCGUCACUAUUCCGCGGUCUCUGGACGGCAGGCUGCAGGUGUCGCAUAGAAAAGGCCUGCCUCACGUUAUCUACUGUAGAGUCUGGAGAUGGCCAGACCUUCAAAGCCACCACGAACUCAAGCCAUUGGAGUGCUGCGAAUACCCCUUUUCAGCGAAACAAAAAGAAGUCUGCAUAAAUCCUUACCACUACAAGAGGGUCGAAAGUCCGGUUCUGCCACCGGUGCUAGUUCCACGUCACAGCGAGUACCCUCCAGGGGGCCACACGAUGAUUCCUUCGGUUUUCCAACAAGUGGCCGAGUCCGGCAUGCCACACAAUGUCAGCUUCUCUGCACAAGGCUUCAGCGCAGCGACUUCGGGAGCCUCUGCGACCACGGGGACGGCUGUUGCAGUGGGAAACACAGCAGCUGCAGGCGUUCCCUCACCAGGCCCCAGCCUUAGCAGUUCCGCUCCGAACAGCCCCUUUGGGUUGCCCGCAGACACUCCUCCACCUGCUUAUUCAGCUCAGGAUGAGAGUCAAUCAGCCACUGAUGACCAGCCUCAAUCAAUGGACACGUCGGCUGUUCCUCCUGACGUGUCCCCAGUCACGUACCAAGAGCCGCAGUAUUGGUGCACCAUUGCUUAUUACGAGCUCAACUCCAGGGUAGGUGAAAUCUUCCAUGCACAGAGCCACAGCAUCGUCAUCGACGGCUUCACCGACCCGUCAAACAACAACAAUCGCUUUUGCCUUGGCCUCUUGUCGAAUGUCAACCGCAACUCGACGAUUGAAAACACACGGCGGCACAUUGGGAAAGGCGUUCACCUGUACUAUGUCGGAGGUGAAGUCUAUGCUGAAUGCCUCAGUGACAGUGCCAUCUUUGUACAGAGCAGGAACUGCAACCACUCUCACCAAUUCCAUCCAACCACUGUUUGCAAGAUACCUUCGGGCUGCAGCCUGAAGAUCUUCAACAACAGAGAGUUUGCCGAACUGCUGACCAUGGCCGUUAACAAUGGCUUCGAAGCCGUUUAUGAGCUGACCAAAAUGUGCAUAAUCCGCAUGAGCUUUGUCAAGGGCUGGGGUGCCGAGUACCACCGUCAGGAUGUGACCUCUACGCCAUGCUGGAUUGAAGUGCACCUCUCCGGGCCCUUGCAAUGGCUCGACAAGGUGCUCACGCAAAUGGGCUCACCGCACAACCCCAUCUCAUCAGUUUCGUGACAAGACCUCUCCUCGUUCGCUCGUUUUUUCUACCGGCGGUACUCCCCUUCGUCACCUGCUUCCUGCCAUUCACAGAUUUCCCUCCCUUCCUACAUGUUCUACAAGCAGUCUCAAGAACCCGUGCAUCUUCCGCAAGCGACACAUCUCGUUUCUUCUCCUGGCAUGUCUUGUGCUGCAUUGUUUUUGGGAGUCAGCUGCACAGCACGUAGGGCGGGAACUGUGUCCUCCGGUUGCGCCGCUUGGCUCCAAGUUGGUGCCAUUGUCUCUGUGUGCUAGUGCAAGGUUAAAGCAAGAUUCCUGUGGUGUGGUUCCCCCAGCUUCACCGUGACAAUUUUUCGUUUUUGCAAGCUCCUUCACGUAUUAUAUCGACGCGUGGCACUCAAUGCACCCAAGCCGAGCGACUGGCGCAGUUUGUGGGGGUUUCACCACUGCGCGGGGACUCGUGUCACAUUUGCUAUUGAUUGAGUGCACAUUUGUGUUGCGUGAAUUUUUUUUUUUGUACGUAUGCAAAGAGCAGAGCCUAGAAGGGUUGUUUUUCUGGGUGGUAGCAUACCAGCAUCAGUACAUAUGUAAAGGUGUGAAGAAUAGUAGUUUGGUGGACGUUUCAUCCUUCAUGUGCUAACUCUUUAAGGAUUGGACACAGAUCCAGACAGGAAGAGCCAGGAGUACACAUGCAAAGUGUAGCAACAUUAUAGAAGAAGGGUGGGCAAAAGAAGCAGGAGUGCCAUAUUGUGAGUGCUUUUUACUAUGUCUUAGGUACGCACUGGUAAAACAAGUGCAGGACAGUCUGUUGCAGCCUGUAGUUGUCAUUAGCACAGGAAAGACUUUCAUAAGGCAUCCUCUAUACCACUUCAUCAAAAAAGAAAAACGAUUUCGUUCAAGAGGUGCAUUCAUUGUACCUUGUGAAAGAUGGGACAAGAGAGCCAUCUUUAGAAGGCAUGGUUAGAUGUGUUGAACUUUGACAUGUUCAAAGACUGCCUCAUGUAUGCCAUUUAUUUUCUCGAAGCACUGAAGAAAGCUUUAUAAGAAAAAAAAUGUUUAGCGACCUUCGCAUGGUGGGGGUCACGGGCGAGACGCGUCGUACAGUUUUGCACGCAUAUGUGCAAAUGGUAUUGACAGCCACAGAACAAGUUUCGGGGCUGGUUCAAAAAGUUAGAGCAGUGAGGUUUCCAAGAACUCCGCUUGUAUCAAAUGCAGUGCUGAACCAUGCGUCUUCGGUUUUGCUUGUUUGUUAAUGAGCCUCCUUUUGGUGUGUGAGGAAUCUGCACAAGAUACAAGGAACACAAAGAUGGGAUUCUGUACUACUGUUUGCAUGUCUUAAGAGUGUAAAGGUGCUAAGAAUUACAUACUCUCCGUCACAGCAUUACUAUUGCAUUUUUCUUGCACCAGCUCUUUAUUGUGAACUUUCGGUAGAUGCUACUUGUAAUUAUAUGAGUGGUGAAUUUUAAAGAAGUGUGUAAAAAGGGUCUGUAAGAAACUACCUAAGUGUUAGAGAGCGCACUCUCCUCUCCUUGUGUUUAUCCCAUUUCUCCUCCACCCCCUUCUCUGUAUAUUCUUCUUUUUUUUUGUAUGCUGCUGCUACCCACAUAUUGUCAUAGCAGGCUUUCUUUUAUCUUGAUGCAUAGUUUUAAUUAGUCCGUCUCAGUUUUUGUUGCACACUUGCCACAGCAGUUGGGUACUCUUGGUAGAAAAUAUUGGUAUACCUUGUUUCUUUUGCAGUGUUGUGGAGGCCAAUGGUGGUUGGCUCUGUGAAAUUGGUUUCAUUGCCGUUUUGCAGGCCUAAAAACCCUAGUGCUGCCCAUGGAAAACUUCUGAUCGUUCUGUUAUAUCACCCUCUCAAUUUCAAACUAUUUCAUGUUACAAGCUUCUUUUUUUUUAAUUUAAGCCUGGCUGUCAUGGACAUUUGAGCUCAUGAGUGCCCAUACCUUUGGGAGGUUUUGCAUCGGCCAGGGAUUUUUAUGCAGUUCAGAGUGCAAUACGAAAAAAGAAAGCCCUCACGGCCGUGAAAGUUACUUCACUGUUUCACACUGCAAUUUUGUGUUGUUUCUUGACUGAAAUCGUCUGCAAUUUUGCAAAUAGCAUUAUUGAGGCUGCCUGUGUGGAAGCCAUGUCUGAAACAUUUAGCAACAAGAACCCUGCUCAGUAGUUCUUCAAGGACAUCGCUUUGAGUUUUAGCAGAUUGGACAAGAGAGAAAUUUGUGCGCCCGGGCGAACUUCGCUGUUGACGUCAUUCUUGUAUCGUGUAGCAGUUUAGCGUGUGUACGAAAUAAGUGGCAGAAAGGCUGUGCUGUAAAUGGCAUCCGGUUGCUAAAGUAAGCCAGGGCAUGCGAAGCAUCACUGAAAGUAAUUGUGUUGAAAUUUUUCCUUAGGGAAAUUUAUUUCAGUACAGGUGUGAUAAGUUUUCUUGCUUGUUUUUCAUUCUUCCCUUUCUACUACCAGUCAUUUUAUCAAACUAAUAAUCGCGUUUUCCAGAGUUAAGGCUGAUGCCGAACAUAUUUGGAUUAAGUAAUUUGUCGGGGCAUGGAUGUUAGGCGUUUGCAAUGAUGUUAGUCCUUGUUACACCACUAAUAUUGGAGUUCCUGAUUUAUUUCAGUGUACUCUUUAAUACUGGUUUUACCUUCAUUCAGGUGUAUAACUAACUACAUGUUUUUCAGAUUGAGAGAUCUUUAAAAAAAGAAGUAUUUCUGCUUGUCUGGGGUGCAUUGCUUUUUUUUUUUUUUUUUUUUUUGACAAGUGCAGCACGGUGGUGUGAAGACUUUCAAAAGCCCAAACGCAUUUGUCUGUACAAAUAGUUUUUUUUUUUUUUUUUUUGGUGGCUGUUAAAGGAUCAGGCACUAUACACAGCUAUCAGCUCGUAUGUCAGUCUCCCCUGUUACAUUAAAACUUCUAGAAAUCUGGUAAACUGAUAGAAUCGCCAAAGCAACACCCAAAAUAGCCUUGAAAACCUUUCAGAACGACUGUUUAACUCUACCAGUGCUUGCGCAGCGACAGAAAUCUGCCAGUUCUUGCACGUAUGAUUUAGAACACGUACUUGCUGUCACUGAGUCUCCUUUUGCUUUCUUCGUACGGGCUUCACUGCAGUGCAUUUGAUAUGCUUGAUCAUCCGGCACUUCAGCAUUAGGGUGAAGCUGGCUUUUGGGGACUGCUGUGGGUGUCAUUAGAUUGGUGUGGCAGAGUGCUGGUUUGUGGCAGCAAGAUCAUAAAUGUGGCAGCAGUGAAAGUUCCAAUCAAUCUAAUUUCGGAGGAUAGUUUCACUGUUGCUUGAUAUAAUGCAACAUGAAUACUGUGUUGUUUAAGCCAGGAAGCCUGUUCUGUCUUCUGACUUAUCCAUUUGAAGCACGCCAAAAGCAAAUCUUGAAUGUGUAGGCCAAUAACUAUCGCUCCUGUUCCAGACAGCAGCAUGCUUCUGGUUCUUUCCUUUUUGAGAGGUUCUGUUGUGUAUCUGUCUCUUUUGUGACACCCAGGAACUUUAAUUGUGAGCUGGAAUUUUGGGACUGCAGUCGUUUCGUGUGGCUACCAUUGCAUCUGGGUUUAAAGGGACACUAUAGAGGAAAACAAUUUUUCGGGUAUUAGUAAAGUGCAAUUUCACGUUCCAUAAAACACCACUCUAACCGCGACAUGACGAUUGGUAAGCGAGAAAACGUGCGAGAAGAAAAUGCAGGUGUAGGCACCACUGAGAGAUUCUUGCACCAUUGUGACUUCGUAAUUUUUGGGGACGUCUACUGGGUCCUACAUAGCUUUUACUCGAUAAAAAUUAUGUACAUUGUCCUCUGUGGGUGCCAUCGGCAUAGCACUCAAUAUUUCAAAAAAUUUCAUCGAGGUAAUGUCGUGAAAAUACAAAACGUACAUUUGGGGAUUUGCUACGUCAUGCACGAAUAUCGCGGCACGAAAUUUAAAUAUAAAGCUUUAACCUUGAUUUUCAUCGCUAAUAAUGAAUUUAUGAUUGUGAAACAUGUGGCAUUUGAGUUCUUAGAGUCCAGUUCAUCAAUCUAAACCAAGUCAUUGUUUCUCUUUAGUGUCCCUUUAAGCUCGGUAGUGUAUGGGGAAGAAAGGCCCGUAGAAAAUCUUCCUCCGUUGUUCCGAGCAUUGGAUAUUAGUAAGAUUGGAAAUGAAGCUUCAUUCUUGGUAAAGAUUGUCGCCAUUUUCUUUUUUUGGAAGCAUCUGAUCUGAUGGGCAUUCUGCCUUUUUUUCGCGGUAAACGCCUUCUCUGCUUGCACAAUGUACUCGCAGUUCUCUGUGGCUUGCUUCUGCACAAACAGUGCGCAUAACUCUUGCUUGGUAAGGGCUAGUAUUAUUUAGUUUCUGUGUUUCAUUUGUCAAUGAUAGUUGGGUUUGGGGUUGCAAGACAAGUACAAAAAAAAAUUUAAAAAAGCGCAAUCACUUUGUUGAGUUUCGCUGUUGACACACUCUCGACUCCGUUGCUAGUGCUUGGGAUUAGUGUCUAAGUGAAAUGGAUUUGCGUGUUUAAAGAUUUAUUAUUAGUCUAAUUGGUGGGUGGGCAUAUGUUGAGAAAGCUGUUAAUCAGAGCAGUGAUUUGUUUUAGCUAAUAUUCUGUUCACACAUGGCUGCAAGCUUGACAAGGUCUCGACGUAACUAACGGCUGGUUUGUUUUACAAACAAAACGCACACUCUGGCUAUCUGGUGCCUGGCUUUGGCUAUUGCUUUGCAUAUAUCGAGUGACCUGCCUAUAGCAGUGCACGUGCACAAGCUUUCGCUUUAGUUUUGUCCCUUACCUACUGGUGUUUUACCGCACAGAUUUUACCGAGGGGCACUAUUGUUUACUGUCUGUCGUUUCAUCUGCGCUUUCGAGCGUGUGUUGUCGUAAGUGUUCUCAGAGGGUGCCACUACAAUUUUCGGCCUAUAGGCCCAAUUUCAGCAACAGUGGCUAUUACAUUGGCAUUUCUUCUAUUGCCUAUCUGAUUGAGCUGCUCUGAGCAAUUGUAUUGAGCAUUUCAGUUUCUGUGUGUUCGUGGUUUCAUUGUUGAAGUGACGGUUGAUGCAAUAAGUCUUACUCUUGAAUGCUGCAUUACUGUUGUAUUAUACAGCUUUUUUGUCAGAUAUUUUUUUCCUGUAAUAUGUUCGAACAUUUGUUCAUUUUUGACAAGAGAAAAAAGUUUAUGCAUGUAAUAUAGCACAUAAACAUUAGCAUUUUUUUUUAUUGCAAUGUAGCAUUUUAACUUUUUAAUCGUAGCAUGUUGAUGCUGCUCUCGUGUACUUUUCGCACCAUGUAGCAAGUUUGCUUAAGUAAGGCAAGUGUUGUUGCAUGCUGCUCGUUGUUGCCAUAUCUGCUAACGUGGUCGGAGGUGUUCUUUCGUGUGUAUAGUUAUUCACUGUGCCGGUGCUGAGCACAGCGGGUAUAUUUAGCACAAGUCGUAUACAUUUUGUGGGUGGUGUACAUUUACACACGUAAGGUGUGGCAGAAAUGGUGCAUGGCCUUGCCUUUCUCAUAGGUUAUCAUUUGUAAAUGUUUCCCAAUUCACGAGCAGUUUUGUAGUGUGGCCUAUCUCUACAAGAUGUUUUAAAAUCUUCUGCCGUGAAUGUGAUUGAGGGCACAAGAAAAGCAUGCCUUCAGAUUGACUUCAAGGUUCUUGAGCACACGUACCCACUACGUUUUGCUGUUUAUAACCAACAGAGGUGGGCUAUACAGAAAAAACGAACUGCACGCUUCAGCAUUACAUGCGGGGACUCUUCCAUCCAGCACAUGAUUUUGCAAAGUGCUGCCUUUGAUAUGCCUUCUCUUUUUUAAAAGCUUCUAUGAGAUUAUUAUUGCUACGUGCCUUCAGCAAGGAAAGCUGGUUUUUUGCCUAUCAGUGCCGCACUUUUUUUGUGCCAUUUUUUGCAGGCUGCUACUGAACCCAACGACAUUCGGUGCUAGCCAAUCGUGUGAACAGUUUCUUACGAAUCACUUUUCCUUCGCUGCAAGUUAUUUUUGCAGGAGCAUGUCGCAUUCAAGUCCUCAAGCUUGGCGGCCUUGUACAGUUUGUAUUUGAAGCAGUUGAGUGCAGAGUGUGUGGUAUCUUUCCUUUCGUAUUUGACUGUAGCAGAAAAUAAAAAAAAAAAACAUUUCUCUGCA